AUGGAAGUCAUUUAUGCAUUAAAUACAAAAGCGGAUGAACAUGAAACAGUAGUAUCUAAUUUAAAACAAGCAUUUGAACAAGAAAAAAUUGCUUUAGCAAAUAAUGCUUCAUCUAGAAUUGAUGAUUUACUUCGUCGUGUUGAAAAACUUUCAUCAAUUAAAUCUACACAAAAUUCUAUAUAUGAAAACAAAAUUCAAAUGCUUGAAACUGAAAAGCAAAAUCAUGUUAAUGAAGUUUUACGUAUUCAACAAUCAUCUAUUGAACAUGAACACGAAAUAGCUGAAGAUUUUCGUUUAAAAAUUUCUAAUCUCAAACAAAAUAUUCAUCAAAUAAAACAAACUUAUGAUGAACGUGUAUCAAAUUUGAAUAAAGAACAUAAACAAACAUUUGAAAAACUUCAUGAAGAACAUCAAUUAGAAAUUGAUAAUUUAAAAAGUGAAUUAAAACAUUUAUUUGAUAUUGAAAAUGAAGCACAAACAAAAUAUUAUUUACAAACAAUUGAAGAUUUAAAACGUGAACAUAAUGAUUUAUUAAAUAAACAAAAACAUCAACAAAUGACACAAAAUGAAUUAGGAGAAGAAUAUUUAAAAGAAAAAAAUCAAUUAGAAAAACAAAUUAAACUUUUUCAAGAUCAAAUUGAACAAAUUAAUACUAAAUCUCAAUUAGAAUUAAAUGAACAAAAAAAUCAAUUUGAUAUUAAAAUUAAUGAAUAUAGACAAUUACAAAACGAAUUUGAACAAUAUAAAUUAAAUUUUAAUGCAAAUUCGAGUGAUAUGACAGAAAUUAAUCAACAGUUAAUAAAACAACGUAAUGAAUAUGAAGAAUUAAAAAAGAAAUUAGAUAAAACUAAUCGUGAAAUGAAUACAGUCAAAGAACGAUUUAAUCGACAAGCUAAUGAACUUGAAGAAAAAUUAAAACUUCUCAAAGAUAAAGAUUCUUUAAAUCAUCAAUUAGAAGAUGAUUUAACAAAUAGUCGUAAAGAAUUAGAACUAACAAAACAACGUUUACGACAAAUCGAAGAAGAUCAACAUGCUCAAUUAUCUCAAUCCGAAUCAACAACAAAUUAUCUUGAACGACGUAUUCAUGAAUUAGAUAAAACAAUUCAUCAAUUAACACUCGAAAAACAACAAAUUAUGUCAAAAUAUGAUCGUGAAUUAACAGAUUUACGUGAAACAUAUGAAAAUCAAGUAUUAUUAUGUAAAAAAGAAAUGCAAAAUGAACUUGAUCGUUUAAGUGAACAUUAUCAACAAUUAUCAACUGAUGAACAAAUACGAGCACGUACAACAUUAGAAUUAAAACAACAAGAACUUCGUCAAGAAUUUGAAAUAGAAAAAGCAAAUCUUCUUGCACAAUGGAAAAAUGAAGUUAAUAUAAAUAAAACAGAACAAAAUGAAAUUAAUCAAGAAUUAAAUCAAUUAAAAGAAAAUUAUACAAAACAAAUUAAUGAAUUAAAAAAACAAUUAGAAAAUAAUAAAAAUGAAUAUUCAAAUAUUCAAAAACAAUUCAAUGAUAUUCAAUCAUUAAAUUUGGAAUAUAAAAAACAAAUUGAAAAACUUAAUUCAGAUUUAGAACAACAAUUAAAAACAAAAGAGCAAUUUCAAGUGGAAUGUAAUCAAUUAAAAAAACAAUAUCAUAAUUUAGAAAUCAAUUCAACAAAUGAAUUAAAAGAUAAAAUAGAAAAAUUAACAUCAGAAUUAAAUGAUAAAUGGUCAAAAAAAUUUAAAUCAGAUUAUGAAAAAAUUCGAAAAGACCUUACACAACAAAAAGAUGAAGAAAGAAUAAAAGCAAUUGAAGAAAUACAAAGACAAAAACAAAAUGAUUUAACAUCAGCACGAAAUCAAAUUAAUGAACUUGAACAACAGGUAAAACAAAUGAAAAAAUUUUUUGGGAAAACUUAUUAG